CUUUAUCAGAUGAGUGUGGAAAUGCGUUCAGGUGGCUCAAGUGCCCGGUCAAGUUGAAGUAUCGUCCUCACACUCCAUUUUCUCCUUGACCAUCUGUUAACCUCAAUCAGGUUCUUCGUGUCAAUGUCUCUUUUUUUCUUCUCAGGCAUCCCCUUCUUCCUGUUCCUGGUGCUGCUUCCCUUCAGCAUCCCCUGGAGAGAGGUGGACAGCGUGUGGCUCGGCGUGGUCCACUACCUGGCCUGCCUCAGCCCCACGGUGGGCUCGGUGCUCUACCACGUGUUCAUGAACCACGUGGGAGGGGAGCACGUGUACGACACCCUUCUCUCGCUGGACAUGUUCGGCGUGUGCUUGGUCAACACGCUAGGCGCACUUCCCAUCAUCCACAUCACGCUGCUUUGCUUCCCGACGGUGCAGCAAGCCGCCCUGCUGGCCUACAUCUUCUUGUCGGCCUACGGCAUCUACUGCGCCACCACGGCUCGCACCAACGUCCUGCGCCUGCGGGCCUUCGUGUGGCAGGCCGUGUUCCGCUUCAGCCUCUUCCUGUUUCGCGUGUACGGCAGCGGGGCGGGCAGCCCAAACUCACUGCGCCUUUUCCUCAUCAUGGACUCUCUGGCCGUGCUGGGGGGGCUGGUGAACGUGGUCCAGAUCCCCGAGCGCUUUGUCCCGGGCCUUUUUGACAAUUGGGGUAACAGUCACCAGAUCAUGCAUGUCAUGGUUAUCUGCUCCAUUAUUUAUCUCCACUGGGGCACGCUGGAAGAUCUGACCUGGGUCAAGAACUACCAGUGUCCUGCAGAGUGACCCCAUAAAUGAUUGGGCAAUACUUUUCAGAGGAGUUUGACCCUUCAAUAAUAAUCACAUUUGCACUGGAUUACUCAUCCAUUAACAGGCAAGCUAUUAAUCAAAUCUGCAGUGCAUGUUGUGAUCUAGAUUUUCAGGAGGUUAAUCUUGGCCUAGGUCCAAAGUGACCCCUGAAGAAAAUGUAAGAGUAAAAAGAAGCACUUUAGCCCAAAAGGUGAGCUUGCUGUUUAACCUCUACAACUGGGCAGUGGAAUUCACAUGGGGAAAAAAAACCCAAACAAACAUCCUGCUUACUUGAUUUGUACAGUAGCCGUAAAAAAAAGUUAUUUUUAAACAUGGCAUAAUAAAAUAUAUAUUUUUGCAUCUUA